GAUCUAGAGAAACACAAAUGCCAAACUUCCGGAAAAAUGGAGAAGCCAUUGCACUCAACGGUGUCGCUCUAUCCUCUGAUAUCUCCAUGGUAUUCAUUUACUUAUUGAAUGGCAGAGUUACCCGCAGGAAGCAUACAACAAUAUAAAAAACGUGACCAAGUUGAUACAACGGAGAUGCAGACCGAUUGCUGAAAGCGGUCCUUUGCAGUGGAUAAACGGCUCAAUUUGAAAGCGGAAGUGCUGUUGAGAAUUUGCAGAUGAGGUUCUCGGGUCGCGUAGAGAUGGCGUCACUCACAGCUGGUUGAGCGGGAAAGGUUUGAAGAUGGAAGUGGUGCCCCAGAAAUGUUUGACUGAGCAUGAAGAUGGCUUGCCAGGAGUUUACUGUUUUAUACACUCACCAGAAGAUGAAAAAAUCCAAAGUAUGGCAAGAUGGAACUUUGAAGUUCACUGUUGGUGGAAAUAAGGCAGUCUUAUGUGAUGUCAAAGGACAGGUUUUGGACAGCAUUUUUGUAAAAUGCCAGGUAAGGUCAGGAGAUGACUUCGAAACUGAGCGAUACUUAAUCACAGUCGAAGCUGAAAAGAUUCCUGGAAUCGAUGAUGAUAAUAGUCUGCCAAAGAAUUCAGAAGUGCCGAUGCUGACCACAAAUAAUUUGCGGUCCUGUGCCUCAUCUCUGCAUAUGCCAGUUGGCCUCAAAAGGAAAUUUACUGGUUUCCAAGGGCCACGCUGCAUAGAAAAGAAAAUGGCAAUAGUGAAAGAACCUGUGGCAACAACUUUGCCUAAGUGUCCUGAAUCAUCUUUUCCUUCUCAGUUCUAUGCCUCUUCUCCUUUAUUUUCUGUUGCUUACCAGAAGAAGAAAGAGGCUAACUUGCUACCAGUCCUUAAAGGAGACGCUCUCAUGUAUAGUAGCAGCACUGAGUCUAUCACUUCAGUGGCUUCUGCACCUUAUAUUGAUGAUCAUAAAGUGGUACAGAAUGUUAGCUGUCGUACUGGUAGUGCAGAUACUGAAUGCUUGAAGCUAGAAUCUCACCUGGAUAAUGAACUAGUUCAUUUAAACUACCUUGCAAGCAAUAGUGUGGCAGUUUCACAAAACAUCAGAAGUAAAGGACAGAUUAUUGCACUUCUCAAAUCUAAAACAGUAUUGCUUAGCAAGGAACAAAAAUGUUCUGUAUCCACAGAAUGUGAACAUACCAAUUUACCAAACAGUCUCCCAUUGAUAAAGUCACAGUGUAUUCCAGAAGGUCUGCCUCUGUCUGAGCUAUCAAGAAGCACAGACUUUUUGAUUCAACAGCAGAUGUCACCUGUAUUGGAAUCUGUAAACAGCAUUAAAAAAUCUGCUAAACAUGUGCAGGCUGUGCAGUCCACAGCCAAAAAUGUUCAAACAAAAAGUCGAUGGGAUGCAUACUUACCAUCAUGUGUACCAGAGGAACCUCCUGAUCUAGAUGACACAGAACACAAUGAUAAGGUUAAUGACUUGCAGCCAAUUUUAAAGGACUUGAAGGAGGUUGGUGAUGCUAAUAGAAGCCAGUGCAACAAGGAUGAUACAAACAUUCCCCAAAUUUGUGAUUCUGAUGGAAGCAGGAAAUCAAGUUCACCCAUUAGUGAAAGUUCUAUGAAGCAGCCACAUAACUCUACAGUAAAUGAAUCCAGCAUUACUAUGGAGAAUAACACUGAAGUUGUAUCAUUAGGCAGCAUUCAGAAUUCAGAUUGCAUGAUGCUGGAAGCAUUUGAUGCUAAUCUUUCCAAAUCUAAUAAACAUCCAACGGCUGAUGACUUUGAAGCAUUUUGCACUCAAUCACAAAAUGAACUGUGUUCAGUUAAAAGUUCUGAACAUUUAUCAGAUGGGGAAUUUGGUGAUCCAGCUAAACAGUUUAUAAAAGUUAACUUCAAUGUUCUGGAUAUACAGGAUUUUAGUGACACAGAGGAUGGAGAGUGUCAUGCAGAUAGUAUGCUUUCACAACAUUUGGAUUGUUUGAGAACAGAAAGGGAGGCCAGUGUUGAACAGGUUGGUGAAGAAAAGACAUAUAUUGUUGAGGGGAAAGAUAACAUGCAGUCUACAUUUCUACUAGAAAGCAAUGUGAAUUGCGCUUUACAGUCUUGUAACAAAAUGUCUGAGGUUGGUAAGAAGGAUGUGGCUAAAUGUAAUUUUCUAAGUGAAUAUUCAGAGGCUGUAUUUGUAGAGGAAAUGGUAGGGUCUAAUGCAGCUGGUGCCCAAAAUUCAGAUACUCAUACAGAUCUUGACUACAAAAGCAGAAACUUGUUAAAGGUGAAUGAUGUAGAAUGUGGUAUGAAUAAUAUGUAUCCUACUCAGACGUCUCAUCUUCAAACAAAAGUAAUUUCAUAUGUUCAUCCGCAUUCAAACAUUUAUUUCAUGGACAAAAAUAACGAAGAUAUAGAGGCUGGAAAGAAUAAUUUACAGCUUCCUUCUGUACAUAUUUGUGAUGACACAGCUUUAGUUAGUUCAUUGCUGGCUGUUGAAAAGAGUAACAAUUCUGAUGGCUUUCCACAGCAUAUUGCAAAUAAACAUGACGCUGCUCUGGAGAAUAGUUUUGACAGGCCAAGCACUUGCCCCUUAGAUUGUGAGAUUUUUUCAGAUGAAACACAAAUGUGUAAGGAUGAACUGGAAGAUAUAAUUGGUGCCCCGGAGGCUUUUAAUGAAUUCACUGAAGAAAAUGAGAACUCUUUGGCUUCUAGCCUUCCCAAGUUGCCAAUUGGCUUCAACCUUUUAAGAUCACUGUCGGAACAUAGCACAGCCUUGGAAAGCUUGCAUAUGAUUGAGGAAAGUACUGGUGUAUCAAACCAGAGAGACACCCUGGCUAAGAAACGCAUAUCCAAAGAAGGACCCAAAGCUAGGCAAAGGGUUGCUGAAGUGUCUUAUUCUGAAAAUGUGAUGAAGUCUUCAUGUUCUGAUGCACCUAAAAUGCAUUGUUCCUUAAGCAAUCAUGUAGAGAAACCUACAGCAGCUAUAGUCAAGACGUUACAUGGCCGAAGUCCAAUUGGAGUGGUUGAAAGUCAAUCAAAGCCAGUAGCAUUUCAAGGGUACCAGUUGAAAGGAUCAGCAGCUAGUGAAGUCAUGAUGAGAGGAACCUGUUCACAUCUUAGGUGGGAUCCAUGUGCUGAUAUGGCAGAAUUUGAAAACAUGGCAAGGGACGAUUGCUUUUUCUCAGAUCAGGAACUGAGCAGCCCUGUGCUCCCUGGUUUUUUUAAGAUAUCGUCAGUUCAAGAGAGUCCUUCCUGCCCCUCUGAAUGCCAUUUUUUCUCAAGUACAGGCAGUACAGACAAAACUGCAGACAUGGACAAACAGGAAUUCCUGCUAUCCAGAAUUUUUCCACUGCCCACAAACACUGAAAGCUUUUUCAGAAUGAAGGAAUCCGUCUGCUCAGUGGAAGAUAGUAUGCAUACAUGCUUACCUACUCGUAGAAAACAAACUCCAGUUGUAACUUUACCAGUUGAUGAAGCGCUUCCUGGCUCAAAAGUUUAUUCCAAUCUAAUGGCUUGUGAGCAAAUGCCACCUUUUGGUUUCCCAGUAGUCAACAUGUACAAGUCAAAAAUGUUAGGGCCUGAGGACAGGAUGUGUGAAUCGUUUGUGGAUAAAAAACUUUUAGGAGAAAGACAAGUGGUGCUUACACAGUCUGCAUACCCUAGUGUGUCUGAACAAAAGAGACAAAGCAAGUGGCAGAAAUUCCAAGACACUACUGAUUGUGACUUGAGAACUCAAAAUAGUAGUGAAGUGGUCAUGACUGAUGACUUCCAAGCUGAGAAUGUCUUGGGAAUGCCACUUGAUGACACAGGAGAGUGUCAGAAUGAUGCUGUCAGUAAAAGCCCUCCAGACUUUGCGCAUCUGCAGAUGAUAAAAAGCAUGCUUUGUAAACAACAAGGAAACUUUAGCAGCCAAGAUUCUGUUUCAGAAAAAAAGCAACUUUCUGUUCACUUAAAUCCAAUUUUUUCCAGUGAGGAAGCACCAAAGGUGUUAGGUCAGCUGAACCACGAUAACAUAACUAGGCAUGCCAAGAAUGUCUCUGAGUUGUUCUUCCCUGGUGCAGGCAUAGUAAAUUGCACUGAUCUUCCUAAGAGGCAAAUUUGUAUCCCAGCUGAGUUUCAAUCUGCUGCACUCUAUAAGCAGGUUUUCACUGCUGCUUUGACAGAACAUUUGAACAUAUUGCUCUUUGAGCUGUCACAAAGACUAUAUAAAGCUCUCAGGAAAGUGGAUAUAUCUUUCUGCACUUCAGCAAAAGGAGGGCAGGAGCAAGAGAAUUCUGCACCACUCUGUAGCCACAACAUUGCGGCCAAACUUGUUAUGGUUAAGAAAGAAGGGCGAAACAAGGGUCGCCUUUUCUAUGCCUGUGAUGCUCCAAAAGCUGAACGCUGUGAUUUUUUCAAGUGGCUUGAGGAUGUAAAUCCAGGACAGAUCAAAAGUAGACCUAGUGUUGCAUUUCAUGAUUUGAAGAGUAUUGGAACCUAUUUGAGGGGUCAAAACAUUUUUCUCCAUGAAGAAUGCCAACUUUUGGUGAGGAAAGCCUUUGAUAUUCAAAGAAAACGGUUUAGUAAGCUGAAGAAGUUUAAUGUUGCAGAUGCUGAGUUUGACUGUGAUGCUAGAAACAAAUUGUAUCUGAAGCUGAGCAGAAAAGAACGCUCUUCUAUGUACAGCAAAGAUGAUCUUUGGGUUGUUUCCAAGACCCUAAUAUUUGAACCCUUGGACACUUUCAUUGCCUGCAGUGUUUUCUUUGGCCCAUCCUCUAACAAUGAAAUAGAACUGGAACCUCUCAAAGGCUACAGCCCCUCAAACUGGCAUUCAAAUAUGACUGUUCAUGCCUUGCUAGUUUGUAAUGCUAGCACAGAACUCGCAACAUUGAGAAACAUAGAAGAACACUUCAGUUCGGCUGCACUACCAAUAAUGCAGCACCUGCUUACGAGGCCCUUCAAAGAGGUAUCUUGUAGUAGCAAAAUCAACAAACGAAAAUUUAAACCACCAGUUUUAAACACAAAUACAAUGAAUUGUGGACUUCUAAGUCCUGAAAUGACAAUAAGUCUGGCAAACAAGAUAAUUCAGACAUUUCAGCUGAAUAAGGAUCAGGCCAUGGCACUGCUACAAAUAAGUAACAUGAUGACAUCUUAUCCAAUUGAUAAAGAAACUGGGGAACAGCAACCCCUUCCUAUAACAAUACUACACGGUGUAUUUGGAUCUGGAAAAAGUUAUUUAUUGGCCAUUGUUAUCUUGUUCCUGGUACAAAUCUUUGAAACUAGUGAGGCAACUGUUGGCAAAAGAUUAGCACCAUGGAAAAUACUAAUAUCUUCUUCCACUAAUGUUGCUGUGGACAGAUUACUGCUGUGCCUCCUGGAUCUUGGAUUUGAAGGAUUCAUUAGAGUUGGAAGUGUUAGAAAAAUUGCCAAGCCAGUACUUCCUUACAGUUUGCAUGCUGGCUUGGGAUCGGAAAGUGAGCAACUGAAAGAGCUGCUUGCUCUGAUGAAGGAGGAUUUAACCUCAGCGGAAAAAAAUUAUGUCAGGAAGACCAUUGAACACCAUAGGUUGGGCACCAACAAAGCUCUUCUGCAACAGGUGAAGGUAGUGGGAGCUACCUGUGCUGCCUGUCCAUUCCCUUGCAUGAAAAAUCUGAAGUUUCCUGUAGUGGUGCUAGAUGAGUGCAGUCAAAUGACAGAACCUGCGUCCCUCCUUCCCAUUGCAAGGUUUGGAUGUGAAAAGCUGAUUCUGGUUGGUGACCCUAAGCAGCUUCCGCCCACCAUUCAAGGGUCAGAAAGUGCACAUGAUAAUGGUUUGGAACAAACCCUUUUUGGCCGACUCUGUUUGAUGGGACAUGAGCCAGUGCUGCUCAGGACACAGUACCGUUGCCACCCAGCUAUCAGUGCCAUAAGCAACAACUUGUUUUAUGAAGGAAAUUUGUUGGAUGGCAUUUCUGAAACAGAUCGAAACCCUCUCGUAGACUGGUUGCCAACACUCUGUUUCUACAAUGUUAACGGCUCAGAGCAGAUGGAAAGAGACAACAGCUUCCACAAUAUGGCAGAAUCUUUUUUCACUGUCAAAUUAAUCCAGUCUCUAAUGGCCAGUGGAAUAGAGGGGUCUAUGAUUGGGGUAAUAACCCUGUAUAAAUCACAAAUGAGCAAGAUUUGUAACUUACUUGCUGCAGUAGACUCAGAUGCUUCCCAAAUUAAAGCUGUCCAGGUGUCAACUGUUGAUGCUUUCCAAGGAGCAGAGAAGGAAAUCAUUGUGUUAUCUUGUGUAAGAACAAGACAAGUUGGCUUCAUAGAUUCAGAGACAAGAGUGAAUGUGGCACUGACGAGAGGGAAGCGGCAUUUAUUGAUUGUGGGAAAUCUGAACUGUUUGAGAAAGAACAAACUAUGGGGAAGUGUCAUUCAACACUGUGCAGGAAGCAAAGAUGGAUUACAGCAUGUUAGCCAAUGUGAACAGAAAUUGAAUGACAUUCUUAAAUCUUACAUGGAAAGAAAGAAAGAAGAAGAAAAGAAACAAAAGGAAAACUCUAGAAGUAAAUCACUUUCACAGAAAACAGAUCUAUAAGAUAUUUUUCUAUGUAAAUUGUGCAGAUGUCUAAAAUUCUUAAAUUUGAAGUUUAAUGUUUCACUAGUAUAUCUGAAUUAAGUUAUGUGGAUUAAUAUGUUAGUAAAAUAAUAACACCUAAUAGGCUUUGUAAUAAAAUAAUUUCCAAGUAUAUAUAAAAUGUCUAGUAAUUUGGCAUUCCCAUUCAGUUUUUUUCUUAAGUGGUUAUUUUAACUUGUGUUGUAUCUAAGUUCUCUACAGCAAAAUUAAACCAUGAUUUUUAAUAA